CAUCCGCCACACCUGAAAAUAAGUCACAUCAAAACAACUCUCACGACCUGUCUUGGUGUUGUUGUUGUAUGGUCGUAUACCCUGGUCGUAUACCCUGGUGAUUGUGUCCGGCGAUGGUUGUAAUAACCUGUAUGCCCUCAUCCUCGGGUUUCCUUGUUAAAUUUUGCUCUUGAGGGCGAGUUUAUUGGGCAGGAUCACUCGUCCUGUGAGGGAACACCGCUACAGUUGAUGCUCCAGUACCUUACCUCUCACUAGGAGGAACACCUGCUGGGUUGUUCAUCCUGUCACUUGUACCCAGAAGCAGCUGAUCCUUACUUAGCUCUCUCAAGUGAACACACUGUAAAACAAGGGAUUAACAUUUUACAACCCUCAACUUUUCCUUAUAUUGUGGGUGCAAAGUGAGAGAACCUUUUUAAGAACAGUGUUUGUUUAAAACAGGGCUCAAACACUGUGGGGGGUUCAUUGUGCUACACGUAUUUCUAUUGUCUCUUAGAUAGGCACAAUCUUUCGGGUAGUGGUCUAGACAAUGUCCAUCACUUGUGCUGCACAUUCCACUACUUCGCUCCUCAGCUGUGGUUUCCAUCCUGAAUCUGUAUGUGUAAUUAAUCUCGUGACGACCUUGUUCCCUAAUGGCUGUGUCCCCUGGCAGUCGAGUCCUAUGAUAGUUGUACACCCAGGUGGUUGAUAUCCUGAAGAUUUUCUCCUGUGGUGGAUACCCAGCUUGUGAAGGAUGAUCACAUUGUAAGAAAUAAGUUAUUUGAGACGAGCAUACUCACCUGACCAUAGCUUCAGUCAUUGUCGAGCUAGGAGUUAAAAAAUGAAAUGUGUAUCAACCUAAUUUGUUCAAAACUGUGACCUCAAGAGUGGGAAAUAUGUUUUGGGGGCAAAAAAUUCCAACACCUCUGCAUUAGGAUCAUGAAAGAAAACAGUGCAGGAAAAGCAGCGCUAGAAUGUAUGAUAUGUGGUACUGUGUGUUCUUCAAUUUACAAGUACCACAAGCACAACAUUCGUGAGCACACACUACCCCAGCUUUCACGUGCAAUACUGAGACUUAAGAACUUGCCAGUGCCUUUAAAUGAUCCACCAGCAGAUGGUGAUGAAAGUGAAGAGGAAGUCACUAGAAGAGAAGAACAAAGGCAGGGAAGCAAUGUGGAUAUGGCUGAAACCCUAGGACUCGCUUUAAAGGUAGAACUAAUGGAUGAAGAAGUUAUUGAGCUUGGACCAACAGACAAUGCAGAUAAUCUUCAGAUUCAAAGUCGUCUUGUUAAAAACUUGCAUGAAAGAAAUCAACAGUCAAGACAAAUUAUUGAAGUCAAGGAAAAUAACCCUCCUCCCUGUUAUAUUAAUCCUGCCAUUGAAGAUCCUGAUGCUAUUGUUGUAAAAUUCAACCGAGAACUGGUUAUGGCACAGGAUAAAGGCAGGCCAUUAGUAUACACUGAAGAUUGCAAUUUGAAAAAUAGACCUAUUAAUAGGCAAAUGAGGGCAGUAGUUAAGAGAACUAUUGACAUUCCAAACCCUAAAGCUUUCAUUAUGGAUUACAAGAGAGUUAUGUCUCGAUCUAAUGAUAAAUACGUCAUGCAAAAUGUUAAUAUAACAGAUAACCUUUGCAAAAAACGACGUGGUCGUCCAAGAAAGAAAGCAGAAAAUAGUGAUUACUUUCCACCAAAGACGAUAAGCCGGAAGAAAUUAGAAAAGGAAUUUGAGUUUUCGGAGGAUGAGGAUGACUUGGAGGGGCUAGUUGAUCCUCCUCUUUUCUCUGAGGAUGAAGAGGAGGAAGCAGCUGCUGCAAUUCCUAGCAUCACCAGAACACGCUCAGGAAGGGCCAUCAAAAUAAAAAAAGAAGAUGGCAAUUUUAAAUACUAUGACAUGCCGUUAAGAUAUCAGUUAGACACAGAAGAAUUAAGCAGUCCAAAGGACUGGACUGAGGAUUCUGUCCCACUUAUGACAAGGUGGGGAAAAAGACGGAGAAAAUGCAAGCAGGUGAAUGAAUGUGCUGUAGAUAAACCUGAUCCUGUUAUAAAAAUUGAAAUAUGUGAGGAUUAUCAGAGUAAAGAUACUAAUGAUCGAGAAAAAUCCUUUAAUGUUAAAACUGAGACUUCAAACGAAUGUAGCAUUAAUAUUGGGGAAGGUCUAAGCAUGCCAGCAAAUAAUCAGAUUGCAGAUGAUUCAAAUGAGUUUGACAGAUCUUCGGUUUCAGAAUCAUUUGAUGGUUUUGAAUGCUUUCUGUGCUUUAAGGCAUUUACUUUUAAAGAAGAUUGUGAAAAACAUAUACAUGAGCAUCUUAGUAAAGUAGUUGCAGAGAGUAAUGAAACGACAGAUGGUAGCUCACAUGAAUUUGAUGGUGUUGCAAAAGUAUUAGAUUAUAGUGAUGAUAUAAGUAUAAGAGUUACAGAUAAUGUUUCCUUAAUAUCUUCUAAAGAAAGUGACAAUGAUACAGCUCCUAUCACAGAUAUGUAUAUAAAAGAUCAUGAUCCCACGACACCAGAUAUAGUUAUUCAACCUUCUACCAAGUAUAUGGAGUCAUUUACUUGUUCCAUUUGUAAUGAAGAUUUUGAGUCUCAGACAGCUCUUCAGGAGCAUACCCAUGAAAGUAUCUAUACUUGCAAAUUUUGUGGGAAAAAAUACCAAAAUCGAAUUAAUUUGCAAAGUCACACAAAAAGAUACCAUGAAGAAACUGAUUGGAUGAAGUUCAAGUGUGCUACUUGCGGAAAGAAUUUUGGGUUCUUGACAGCUUUAGAGAGACACAUGAAGGAACAUAAUCCAAAUAAGAAGUUUUGCUGUGAGCAAUGUGGGAAGGUUUUUAAGAGCCUUACUAAUCUAAAACACCACAUACCACUGCAUACAAGAGAUGAAGUUUAUGAAUGCUCUUUCUGUCCCAAAAAAUAUUACAUAAGAUACAGCUUUGAAAAACAUUUUAAAACUCAUGUUAGUGCACCAAAGUUUCAUUGUGAGAUUUGUGACAAACAUUUCAUUGAAAAGAAACAAUUUGAAGUUCAUUUAGAGAGACAUCAGACUGGUGGAAGCUUAGGAAGAAGUAAAGACCUGAAGUGUAAUAAUUGUGGAGAUAUUAGAACUCCGAGUGAAUUAGAACUAGUAAGUGAGACUGAUUCAGGUCACCAUAAGAAGUGCUUAGUGUGUGGAAAGGGACUAUAUAAAAUAUACAUGAUAGAAAAUGUGGAUGUAUCAUUUCAAACCAAGAGUGAUAAACUAAGGGAGCAAUGUAAAAUAUGUGGAAAAUCUGUCCUUAAUCUCCAAAGGCAUGUGAAGUAUACUCAUUUAGAAAACGAAUAUGUACCUUGUGACAUAUGUGGGUUGGUAGUAACAAAAGCAUCAUUACCGUCUCACAAAAAUCGUAAGCAUGGUGGAUCUGCAGUGACUUGUGAUCAUUGUAACAGAGUGUUCAAAAAUAUAAUGUGUCUAAGGGAACAUAUGACUAAGGUUCGACGAAAGGCAGACCCAACCAAGAACGUAUGCAAAUUUUGCAAAGAAAUGGUUGCUCCUGAAUUCUGGAAAGAUCAUAUGAUGAAGCACCGGACAAAGUGCAAUGACUGUGGUGCUUCAAAUUUUCCAACUCAUGUAGAAUUUAUGGCUCAUCUUGAGACUUGCAGGAGGUGCAGCAAUUGUGGCACAACAGAUUUUACUUCACGGGGGGAGUUUUUGGCUCAUAUUGAAGUGUGUGGCAGCAGCAUUGACAUAAUGACUGGUACCCUGGACUCUUCUAAUGACCAAGAAGUUGUGACUAGUAUAUUUGCCAUAGUGGAUGAUAGCACUUGCUGUGAAACAUGUGGUGAUGUAUUUGAAAGUCAAGGUUCUCUUUCUCAUCAUAUUACAGAAGCUCACCCAAAUGCACUUUCAUCUAGUCACAUUUUACAUCAAAAUACCAUGAUUGAUGAAGCCAUCUUGUAUGCUUGUCCUCAGGAAUCAUGUGAAGUUAUUGUUACAAGCAAAGAAUUAUUAAAAGAUCAUAUUAGUAGCAUACAUGAUACACAAAUUGAAAACCUUGAUAAUUUCACAUAAUUAUUUUAUAUUAAGACUUGUAAAUAAAUAUGUAAAUUUGUUCUGAUAUGUUUUAUUUAUACAAAUAUAAGUACAGUAUUAUAAUUUUUCUUUUUCUAUUUUAAGUAUUCUGCAAGCUAGUAUGUAUUGCGUUAAUUGUAUUCAGGUACUGCUGGGUACUCCUAGUCUUUGUAUAUAUUGUGCAACCAAAGUACCAUCACAUAACCUGAUAUACAUUAAUAACUAAUCAGUUACUUCUACACGUGCACUUCUUCCUUAUUAAUAAAAAAAUCACAGUAC